UGACUGGGAGUAAGAGGUCACCUUGACUACCACUGUGACAAGUGCCUUGCGCAUGUCCGAAUGGCAUGCACUGCCUUAGCCAAGAGUAACAUUCUCUUUGAGCAAUUUUUAAUUACGCAGGAUUCUUUUUCCGAGGGUUUUUGGAAGCAAUUAUGAAGCCAUGGAAGAAUUUGUGCCGCUAUUAAUAUACGAGGACUGGCAAUCAGCAUCUGCCAAAAAUUUUCAGGGGUAUACCUGAUACAAGCUAGAGCUAAUAGCAGGUGAAAUAGCUGAUUGUUGUUGACGGUAAGAAGUGAUUUUGGGUCCAGUAGGUGGUGCUAAGCUGCAUUUGAAGUGAAACGAUGCUAGGCAUCUAGUUUGCAGGUUAGUGGCAGUCCUAUUGAGUGUUGUUCAAUGACCACAGGUUGCCAUGGUCACUUAAUCAUACAUGGAGGUCACAGUUUAGUAGUGCAAAGGAUAGCUGGAAUCCUUUGAAGCAAGUUGAAAGGAAAAGAAUCAAGUAGAGAAAUGGGAGGAUGUUGUUGCUGCUGCUCGAGGGCAGAUGAUUAUAAUGGAGGUUUGGGAAGCUGCUGCACACGUUGUUGUUGCCCUCCGUGCCUUGGGUGUUGUUGUGGCAUGUGUGCUUCUAAUACUGAAGAGCAGGAUUCUUCAUCAUCAGUGCAAGGUGCGUCAUCUUCAGUCUCCGCAGGGCUUUUAGUUGGGGCAUCUUUGGAUACAUCAAUUCCUGAUACAUAUCGGGCUCCGCCAACUCCAUUACCUUAUGAUGCAGAUGUGAGGUAUGUUAGGACAGUAUGUGAUGGACUUGGGGUAAGAAAUGACAGGAGUGGUCCUAUUCAGGGCAGGGAUUUGCAGAAUAUAAGUGGAAACACUGAUGAGGGUGAAGGUGAAGCACUGGCUGCAUUUAAAAAUUUGAAAUGUGCAGAGUUUAAAAAUCAAGGGAUCAAUGAUAAGCCUAGCUCAAUAGAAACAUGCCAAGCGUCUAAAUUGAGUGAAAUGGUUAUUCUCACAGAUGAGGAAGACACCUGUCCGACUUGUCUUGAAGGAUAUGACAAGGAUAAUCCCCGGAUAAUUACCAAAUGUGACCACCAUUUUCACCUUGCAUGUAUCCUUGAGUGGAUGGAAAGAAGUGAUAAUUGCCCCAUAUGUGACCAGGAAAUGAUAUUCAAUGAAAAACCUCUUGACAUCUGAUUCUUUGGGCACGUUUUAAGGCCUUUUAAAGUAAAUUUCCCUAUUCAAAUGUACAUGCAUUAUACAACGAUGCUGGGAUGUUAUCAAGCUGCGGCAGGAUGCGUUCCAAGUUAUUCUUUUAUAACCAACGGAAGUUUAUGUGAUGGCUAAGGCGGCAAGACAUUUUUCUUGUUGCAACUAUUAUGUGACAGGUUCCAGUUUCCUCACCAGAAACUCAUUCUCCUUUGUCCGUAAGUGUAUACAACAUUGAGUCGAGAUUAUUCUGUAUCUUGUAAUUAGACAGAUCAUAUUGAUCUUGAAUGAUUCCUGUGUAAUGUAAAAUAAUGUUCUUGCAAUUUGUAUUUUUAUAUCUGAUUAUAAGACUUUUAACUGCA